CUACGUACCCCUUCGCAGUUGUGCAACUUGCAGGGGGAGAGCGCUCUUCUAUUUUUUUACUACUUCCCUACAAGUGUAUUUGCGUGAGUAGUUACAAGUAAAGGAGUUUAAGCCACCAUCUUUGGGAGCUGCGCAGAGAUUGAAUGCAUGCCUACAUGGGUGCACUCCACAUAUGCAUGUACAUAUACAUUUACAUUUGUGUGUUGUCUGCCCGUCGGCGCUCACUCUGUGGCAACCCACGCAGGUGUGGCAAGUGACUCCACGAUAAGUACGCAUCAUACCCCUGGUGCAAGCGCGCGCGCGGUAUGUGUUGUACCCCGUUCGUGAGUUUCAACGCACCCUUUAUUUACCAUUUUUUUGUUUUUUUUUUUUUUUUUUCGCCCUUUGUUUUUAAAUAAAUUUUAAUAAUUAAACUUUAAUAAUUAAGUCAUUUUGAAGACGACGGGAGGAGGAGAACUCGAAGGAGAACUCGAAGGAGAAGAAGAAGCAGAAGCAGAAGAAGAAGCAGAAGCAGAAGAAGAACGCGAAGGAGAAGAACGCGGAUGCACAUUUUUUAAAGUGAAGUUCGAGGCCACACUUGUGGAGUUUGUUUCCCCCCCUAUCCCUUUUUUUAUUCUCAACCCCAAGUGUGUGCGCAUCGCAUUCGCGUGGACCGCGCCUAUCCACUCAUCAAGCAAUCAUGGCAGCGCAGCAUAAGGAGGAGGUUCCUGUAGGCGACCCCGCGAAGGAGGCCAACGGGCCAGGCAAAGUAGAAGGAAAAGAAGAAGGAAAAGCAGAAGGAAAGGCAGAAAGCAAAACGGAAGGCAAGAAGCGAAAGGCAGAGAAGGAAACGGAAAAGGACGAAGUCGAAAGCAGAGACAAGAAAAAGGAAACCGGCAGGAAAAAGUGCAUCAUAAAAAUACUUAAGAGACCAAUCGAGGCGGCGAGCAACGAAGAAGGAAAGGGCAAGGGCGCAAUGGAGGAAGCGGAGCAGAAGGAGCAGCAAAAGGAGUCGCCGAAGGAGCCGCAAAAGGAGCAGCAGAAAAAGAAGAAGAAGGAGAAGGCAAAAGAAAAUGAGCGGGAAGGCGCCAAAGAUUGCGUCGAACAAAAGAUCAAAAAGAAAAAGGAAGGCGAAGGUGCCAGCGGGAAGGCCAAAAAGGUGAAGGACGGGUUCAAAUUUACGUCCACGCAGGAGCUGUUUAAUUUGCUGCUGAAGGAUGUUAAGAAUAACUCCCAUGAUGAGGAGGAGGAGGAGGAGGAGGAGGAGGAGGAGAAGGAGGAGAUGGCGAAGCCGGCGGAGAAGAAAGGCGCCACCACGAGUGUCGAUCCCGCGAAAGGACCCUCAGAAGGCCCCAAAAUGGAGAGCGAAAAUGAAAAUGCGAAGAAAAUUACCAAAAGGAGCAAACCAGAUUUGUCUAAGAAAGGUGCCACGAGCGCAGCGGGGGUGAAGGAGAAUCAACCCGCCCGUAACGACGACCCGGCUCAGCAGAAUAACCAUGAAGAGGAAAAAGCUGCAAAGGAAAGUGAACCGGGGAAGAGCAUCAAGGGAAAGGAAGCAAGCAAUAGUGGUGACGCACCAAAGAGCGAUAAAAUAACCGAAGCAGAGGAAAAAUGCCCCAAUGGUGCCAGCAAGAAUGGCGGUGCUGCCCAAUCGACGAAGGUUACAGGUGCCAGUGGGCACGUUAAAGAAAGCGCCAGUACGGUAAAGGCAAAAGAAAGCAGCAAUGCAGUAAAGGGGAAGAAGGGCCUGGCCUGCGGAAGCAAUAAGUACUACUACCAAAUGAACCUCGGAAGCAACAUCAGCAGGGGGAGAAAAAUUAUAAAAAUGAUGAGGAAUGCCGAAAAUGGGAAAUAUUAUUACCCUGGUAGCAGGAAGGACCUAGCUGCAGGUGCCGAUGGCUACGCAGGAGGAGUUGCAGGGCAUUAUGUGAAGUACGCCACGUCCAAAUAUCCUAAUUUUACAACCAGCUGCAGUUUGCUAAACCACGCGACGAAGAUGGAGCUGUGCAAACACAACAGUUUGAAUAGCAGCCUGCUUAACAACUUGAGCGGUGGCAUGUGUGCCGGGCAAAGGAAUGAGGACUGUAGGAGGGCAGGCAAGAAGGAGGAGGAAGAGGGGUUCUUCGCCGUGCCUAUAUAUAUGAGGUCCCCCAAGCCGGAGCAGAUCCCCAUACCGGUGUACCUGUCGGGGGGGGCCGACCAGGUGCCGGCGCAGGAGCGAGCGCAAGAGGUGCUGGGCGUGCAGGCGACCGGCGAAGCGGCCAACGAAGCGGCCAACGAAGCGGUCAUCGAAGCGGUUAACGAAGCGGUUAACGAAGCGGGCAUCGAAACGACCAACGAAGCGACCGCCGAGGCGCCCCCCCAAACGGCGAACCUGCAGGGCAGGAAGUCCAAAGGCAAGGGCCAACCCAAAAGCGCAAAGGGAGCGCCGAACGGAAAUGCACACAAUAAUAGGGAGAGCCAGAACGCGCAAAACUUUACGAAGAAAAACGUAGAAAAAAAAAAAAAAAACAAAGCCUUCCUGAACAAGAACUACAUGAUGCCGUUUAACCAGGAGCAACAGAGCCAUGCCAACAAACAUAGCUACGACUUUUUGAAUGCAGGAAAUGUGAAGAGCAGCAACAAAGUGUAUAAUGUGCACUCUUUGCACGCGUCCUAUGUGAAAGGCGCGAACUACAACGGCUGCAACCUGCACGGGAGCGGCAGCGGGAAGAACGUCAAAAUGGAAAAGUAUUUUCACAACAAGAGGUACAAAGUUAAGGCGUACCUGAGCGACAACAACCAGAGGAGCAAAAAUUUGAACCCCCUCAAGGAGGUGAAGAUUGCAGUGUACUGACGGGGAGUAGCGGGGAGAGAGAAGAAGAGGGACCGACCUCUCCGUGCGCAGUUGUGCGCGCCGUUAUGCCUUCCCUCUCUCCUUG